CGAACCGCAUUCAACAACAAGAUGGGAGUCCAAUAUACCCAAGGACAACUAAGAAAUAAGGCGAACAAGUCGAGAGCACAGUAUGGUAGUUUCAAGAAACUUCUUUCACAAUCUGGAUUUGGUUGGGAUAAUGUCAAUAAAAGAGUGACCGUCGAUGAUCCAAGCAUAUGGAAACUUCACAUCAAGGAUAAUAAUGAGUGGGCGAAGUUCAAGAAGGAUAGGUUUCCUCUUUAUCCCGACUUGUGCAUUGUAUUUGGUGAUACAUAUGCUCUUGGGGAGCAAGCAAUAGGAAGUGGCCACAAUUUGACACUAUCGGAUGAUGAGGACAAUUGUGAAGAUGAUGUUAAUGAUUUUCUGAAGGGUUUUGCUAAUCACCAUCUUGAUGAGGAAGGCUUCACACUUGGCAAUCCUAGUACUACAAUUCAUGAUAAGCACAACUUGGAUAGGACUCCGAAUACCAAGAGAAGAAGAAAGAGUGGCCAGUAUAAUUUAACUACAACUUGCAAAGCCAUUGAAUAUAUGAUCAAGUCCUCCUCGGCGACCUCAUAGCCACCCGAGAACCCAUAUUCCGUAGCUGCUGUGGUUAAUGU